CUCCAUUCCAGCCUUCCCCCAAAUUGCCCGACCGCACUGCAUGCCACGCAUCAUCAUCAUCAUCAGCAACCUGCAGUAGACCAUCUCCUCGCCUCUCUGCCUGCCUGGCCUUCCUCCCAAAACAAAACUCCGUCUCAACCAGCGAGUGAUUACCGACUCCUUAUCUUACAUACUAGUCCAACCUUGUUUCUUCUGACCUGUCGAUCGCACCUGGUCUGUCGUGUCCUGCCCGAGCCAAACUUCCGCCCUUGCUGUCUGUCCCUCUCCCGCCCUUGCCCUCGAACAGGCUCCCCCUCAACGUCCACCACAACUCGCCGUCCCUUUCCGUCAACGAAACUCAACCACCAGACCACGACGACCAGACCCAGCCCACCAUCCGAACACGAACAUCGCCGCUGCAGCUGUGCCUUUGCCACCUCGCCUCGGUCUGUCCCUUCCGUCGAAACAUCCACACCGUGCACCAAGAAGCUCCAACGUGUCUGUGCCCCCUCGAAGGAACGCUGCACAGGAUUUCCCGCCUGGCCACUCCGCCGUGAAUAGCAACAACAGGCCCCAGGCGGCCAUCUUCGGAUCCAUUUAACAAUUCCCGAGCCAGAUUACAACUCAGGCAGACGACCCCAGCACUAGUAGAUACAAGACCGACGCUGCCUCCCGCCGCUCAACCCACCCUGCCGACGUUCGCGUUCCCAGUGCUGCCCACAGCUCUCCCGGCUUACACGCGAACGCAACCCCCGACCAACCCUGCCUCUGCGUCAGUGCUGCUGCGUACGCCACAACAGAGCCAACAUUGCUGCUACCAAUACCCCCCAACGCCCGGCAGGACACAUCGCAGAAAAGACCUACUGGUCUUUGCGUGCGAUGUGGGGGGCGUACAGUCUAGUGGUCUGAUUCUCGACGAUCGAGGUCGCAAACGACACCCUCUGGGGGCGGCUCCUCUGGGCUGGCUAACACGUCGGUCUCGGUUGUGCACGCACGCGUAACGGGAGAACACCGAGGACCUCAACAAACACACCGGCUCUCUUCCUUAAGCGACGCAGUUGCUGGCCUCGUCCGUUCAUCGCCGCCUCCCUUGCCUCGCUCGACCGGACGGCAGUCUCCAGAGCCCAUCACCCGCCCGACCUGCUCCAUUCUGGCAUGGAUUCUCGCCUGACCCCUCAGCUCCACCAAGAACUCCACAAUGUGCAGAUGGAAGUGAAGCAGGUCCAGUUCAUCCAGGCCAGCCAUGCCGAGAGGCUGAUGAGGCUCGAGAGACGCCAGACCGAGGAUGCCGUCAAGUCCGUCUGGAACCCCUCUCCCUUCCCAAGCGUACUGGGGGGGACGCCCCAGCACGGGCCAGUGCAGAUGCCCAACAACGAGGUCUUCGACGACUUCGACGAUGAGCAGGGUCAGAACCUCCUGGGCUCGCUUCACCUGGAUGCAGACGAGGAGCCCACCCGUCGGGGCGCUGCCUCAAGGGCAAAUAGUGUCCGCUUUGAUGAGGCCACUCUUCACUCGUCCAAUUGGGGUCAGAGUGCGCGUCACUCCGGCGAAUUCGGUCCUGCCAGGCCUGGAAGUGGUCUGGGAGGGCCGACCUUGAUGGAACGGUCAUUCUCUCACAAGUCCGAUGGACGACAUAGCUCGGCGGGUCAUUCGGUCCAUUCAUUCCACUCGGUGGCCUCCGGCAGGACUAGUAGUCUCGGUCUUGACUUGCUCCUGGGCAGCAGCAGGGAUGACGAUGAUGAUGACUCUUCGCCAAUUGAGAUCACCCGGCCGCCCCCAGGCCUGAUGUUUCUAGGGCCCGUCCCGUCCAUUGUCCGGUGCUGGCUCACAACCCAGUACGCACAUGAUACGCUCCAAUACGCGGUUGUUUGCACCGGGUCGCAGAAAUCGACCCUUGACUACUCGCUGCUGCACGAGUUGAAUCUUGUGAACGAGGCUCACAGAAACAUCAAUGGUGUCCUGCACGCCAGUCUUCCCGUUUACUUUGCAGAGGCCACCGUGGCCCAGUCAAGCUCCCGGUCCUCCAGUCCGUCUCGCCGACAGGUUCCUUACAUCAAUGUGGACUUCGAGAUCACAGGGGAAAACGCCGAGGCGGGUGACCAGAAGCAAGGAAUUCGCAUCUUCGUCGGCAGUGACACCCUGACCGCGAACAGUGCCGACCUGCUCCUGUCCCAGAAUCGGAUGACACUCUUUGGCAACGGUGGUGAUCGUGAUAGACUCUCCGUGCCCUUUGUGCGCCCUGAAGAUGAGGCUACGUAUAAGCACAUCACCACGCUCAACGUCGUGCCGGACAAGCCAAAGCUCAAUGCCAGCGCACCAGCCUUCGUGUCUGGCGACGCUCGUCCGCAGAUGGGGGCGGUCGUCCCUGACCAGGCAGAGACGUCUGCCUCUCAAACCGAUGUGGGCGAGUCUGAAAUCACGAGCCCCUUCUCGUCGAGCACAAAUCAGCAGGCUUACUCGUCAAAGAACACGGCUACCAGCGUCCCGUCUGAUAGCGGCAGCGAGCGACCACAACAGAGGGGCACUGCUUCCGGCGGCGUAGAGGGCGCAGACGAAAGCAGCGGCGGCAAGGAAAACAACACCGCAGGCUCUGACGCAGGAGGAACUGCACGGCGGGACUCCACGGCAGGCAUAUGGGGAUCCUGGCGGCAGGGGGGCGCAUCGGCCGGCGGCGCCGGCGGCGACGCUGCCGCCCAUCGCGGCGAGAACGGGCUGAGCGGGUACCAGCCGGCAGGCAGGGGCGGGCGCAACAUGAAGAUCCUCAAGCCCCAGAAGUCGGUCUCGAUAUCCUCGUCCUCCUCGGCGGCGGCGACCCGCAACGGCACGGGGGCAGGGGGGCUCGUCGACCAGCUAGCAGCGGCCGCGUCCCGGCCGAGCGGCGAGUUCAGCCGGCGCAAGAGCCAGGGCGCCGCGUUCGACCACCACCACCAGCAGAACGGCACUUCCUCCUCCGCGCCGGCGCCCGUGCGCUGGGACAAUGUCCGGCGCAGCGUCAGUGCCGCCGCGCCUGGUAGCAGCAGCACGGUGCAUGUGGGCGGGGCGCCGCCGCCGCCGACCCCGACGUCUGCCGCUUCUGUGGACAAGGAAAGCAAGCCCAAGGCGCCUGCCACGCGGUCGAACCCGGUGGGAGGGGCGUCUGCGUUUUCGUGGAUGGCUGGUGGUGGUGCUGGGGCCGGUGGUGCCGGUGGUGGUGGUGGGAAGCCCAUGGAGAAGCACAAGGCUCCUGCUACGCCUGUGUGAGUGGGUGGGAGUGGUUGGUAGGAAGGAUCCAUUGAUGGCGGUGGAUGGUGAUGGUGGUGGAUGGUGGGUGGUGGAUCAUAGCCUUAGUUACUGCCUGCCUACUGCCUGCCUGCCUGCCUCUACCUACAUAGGUUCAAAUUUUAACUAUGCGCUUUGA